CGGGCGCCAAGUGUCCCGAGGCCCGUCCUUCGCUCUCUUUCGGUACCUGCCUCCGAAAGAACGUCCUUACGCUUAGCCUAAAGUACUGCCCUCCGCUCGAGCGUAUCCUCCCGCAGGCGCCGAGUCCCCGGCUUCUUCUUCCGGUUCAAGGAAGCUCCGCUCGCCGAUCCGCGAUUUCUUCCUCGAUGAUGCUGCAGGGCGAGAUCGGUGCCCGAGGCCGCAGUGAGUGCGCGAUUGGGGCGCGAUUGAUUUAGCGUCGGGAGUUCUGGGGCGCUCGAGAGAAUCCGGAGGGUUGUGGACGGAUUGGCAGUGGAGUGGGCCGGAGAUUCGCGGAGGACGAUCGAAAAGACGCUGUGGUGCCAUCUCGAUCGGUGGAGUGGAGCUGUGACACUCUUUGGAUUUUCUUCCGAGGAGGGACGGAGGCAGCAGCAGUAGCUUCUGCCUGCUUCCGAUCCUUUCGCCAUGGAUAUCCUUGCGGUGCGAGGGCGGCAGUAUGCUAAGGAGGAUGAGAAAACUUACCAGCAGUGGUUCGAUUACGCUGACACGGAUCAGGAUGGAAGGCUCACUGGACCAGAUGCUGUCAAAUUUUUUGGGUUGUCGCAGCUGCAGCGAGCGGAACUCAAGCAGGUUUGGGCAGUUGCAGAUUCAAGGCGACAGGGUUUUCUUGGUUUCAAAGAGUUUGUCACCGCUAUGCAGGUUAUAUCUCUGGCGCAAACAGGCAAUCCUAUCACCGCGGAUAUGUUGAAAGAAACGGAUACCGAGAAUAUCAGCCCUCCAAACAUGGAAGGACUUGACGAGCUCAUUGCAGCUGCACUGAAGAAGAGUCGAUCACCAACUAGCGGCAACGUCAACGUCAAUGGCACUACUCCAUCACAAACAGCACAGUGGUUUGAUAAAAAGACACCAAGAAAGUCCAUAUCUCAGGCCUCCGUUACGUCGGUCAUCGAUGGAUUAAAAAAGUUGUACCUUGAGAAGCUGAAACCUUUGGAAGUGACAUAUCGCUUCAAUGAUUUUGUGUCUCCUACUUUGACGGAGAGCGAUUUCGAUUGUAAGCCAAUGGUUAUGUUGCUAGGACAAUACUCAACUGGAAAGACAACCUUUAUUAAACAUUUAUUGAGGGGAGAAUAUCCAGGUGCUCAUAUCGGACCGGAGCCGACGACUGACCGAUUUGUCGUGGUUAUGGGUGGUGAUGAUGAACGAAGUGUUCCUGGGAACACUAUAGCCGUGCAGGCCGAUAUGCCGUUCAGCGGCUUGACUAAGUUUGGAACUGCCUUUUUGUCCAAAUUUGAAGUCUCUCUCAUGCCUCACACGCUGCUGGAACACAUCACAUUUGUUGACACACCAGGAGUGCUCUCUGGAGAAAAGCAACGCACCCAGCGAAGCUACGACUUCACGGGUGUGACCGAGUGGUUUGCUUCAAAAUGUGAUUUGAUCCUUUUGUUAUUCGACCCUCACAAAUUGGACAUUAGUGACGAGUUUAAACGUGUCAUUGGAUCUUUGAGGGGCCAUGACGAUAAGAUUCGAGUUGUUCUCAACAAAGCUGAUCAGGUCGAUACUCAGCAGUUGAUGAGAGUAUAUGGAGCGCUCAUGUGGUCACUCGGUAAAGUGCUCAACACUCCCGAAGUAAUGAGAGUCUACAUUGGUUCUUUCAAUGACAAACCCAUCAACGACAAUGUAGUCGGUCCUAUCGGCAAGGAACUAUUUGAACAUGAACAGAACGAUCUUCUGGCUGAUCUUAAAGACAUCCCGAGGAAAGCUUGUGAUCGACGAAUUAACGAGUUUGUCAAGCGUGCCCGCGCUGCUAAAAUUCAUGCUUACAUUAUUGGACAUCUGAAGAAAGAGAUGCCUGCGAUGAUGGGUAAGGUGAAGGCACAACAACGUCUUGUUGACAAUCUCGAAGAGGAGUUUGCGAAGGUGCAAAAAGAGUAUCAUUUACCGCUAGGUGAUUUUCCGGAUGUUGAAAGAUUCAGAGAGAUUCUUCAAGGUUAUAGUAUCGAUAAAUUUGAGAAGCUGAAGCCCAAGAUGGUACAGGCGGUGGACGAUAUGUUGGGUCAUGAAAUUCCUGAGCUGUUGAAAAGGUUCAGGAAUCCGUACGAUUAAGUAUGGUGAUCUAUAGGUGUCUCGGUGUUCUCUUUUCUUGUUUUGUUGUAUAAUUUUACGAUAGUUUAUUGUCUUCUCGAGAGGAGUAUCAUCUCAUUUAGCGCACUUUUCUCAAGUGCAUUUUAAUUAGUAGAGUAGCGCAAGCAAGCAGGCACCUACAGUGAUGCUUACUACUAGGCCAAUAGCGUGUUUUGCAGGCUGGCAGGGUUUAUAUACCACGAAUUGUUUCCCGUGUUGCUGUAAUUACCGUCAACGGUGGCGUGUAUGCCACUGCCUAUUCUUUGUCAGGUCGUAGAAAAGUGCAAGAUCAACGUAAUGAAGGGCCGGCGAGUUGUAUAACCAUCACAGCUGUGUCUGCAAAUUUUAGUUGGUUGAAUAUUGAUAUAAUAUUGAGAAAUGCUCGUUUUAAAAGCAGUUUGUGAGGCCUUCAACCACACUAUAUUAAAACCACGU